AGAGCAUCGAGCGGCAACAGUGCUUGGGAAGCGUGCGGUGAACGUGGACUUCCAGAAAGCCAGCAGCCUUGCAGGAGCAGAGCACAGCAUGUGAACGGAAGGGGGGGCCUCGAACAGGAGCCCUGGCUGCCCACACCUGGACUCAGCACUGCUAGGGCCACAUCUUGCAGUAAGAGGAGGAAGAAAAGAUGGUUCAUUCGCAGUCACUAAAAAUGGGAGGCAGCAUCCGUCCAGCAGACCAAGAAGAGAAGCUCCAGACCUUGUUGUCUGCCUGUGGGACAUCCCUGGGAGUGCCACAGCUGGAGUGACACGACCCUCUGUCAGUACAGGGUGUGAGGGCAGCAUGGCGCAGAAAGCAUGGAUCAGCAUGCUCUUCCACAACCGCAAGGCCCAGCUCCUGCUGGUCAACUCCCUGACGUUCGGCCUGGAGGUCUGUCUGGCUGCAGGGAUAACCUACGUGCCUCCACUACUGCUGGAAGUGGGUGUGGAGGAGAAGUUCAUGACCAUGGUUCUGGGGAUAGGCCCUGUCCUCGGUCUCAUUUUUGUCCCAAUGAUUGGAUCUGCCAGUGACCACUGGCAUAGCAGCUAUGGCCGAAGGCGGCCUUUCAUCUGGAUGCUGUGCCUGGGAGUCCUGCUGAGCCUCUUCAUUAUCCCGCAUGCCAGCAGCCUGGCCAGCCUCUUUGCCCUCAGCGCUCGCCCACUGGAGAUUACCUUCCUCAUCCUGGGCAUUGGCUUACUGGAUUUCUGCGGCCAGGUCUGCUUCACUCCACUGGAAGCCCUGCUCUCAGACCUCUUCCAGGAGCCAGACAACUGCCGCCAGGCUUUCUCCAUGUACGCCUUCAUGAUCAGCUUGGGGGGCUGCAUUGGCUACCUACUUCCAGCAAUUGACUGGGAUGGCAGCUUCCUGGCCCCAUACUUGGGUGGUCAGAAGAUGUGCCUCUUCAGCCUGCUGGCCAUCAUCUUCCUCGGCUGCAUGCUGGCCACUCUCUUUGUGACAGAGGAGGCCGCUACUCAAGCAGAUAUUCUGGCCAGCCCAGCACUGAAGGAUGCUCCCCCUAAGCCCUCGUCUCCUGCCUGCUGCUCUUGCCAGGUGUCCAGGAGCCUGCUGCAGGCCAGGCAUGUGAUGCAGGCCCUGAGAAACCUCUGCACAUUGGUGCCGCGGCUGCACAGCCUCUACUGCCGCAUACCCAGAGUCAUCCGGCGCCUGUUUGUGGCUGAGCUCUGCAGCUGGAUGGCACUCAUGACUUUCAUGCUUUUCUACACAGACUUUGUUGGGGAAGGGCUUUACCAUGGCGUUCCCAGAGCCAAGCCAGGCACGGAUGCUAGACGCCACUACGAUGAAGGUGUCCGCAUGGGUAGUUUGGGGCUCUUCCUGCAAUGUGUCAUGUCCAUCUUCUUCUCGACAAUCAUGGACUGGAUGGUGAAGCAGUUUGGGACGCGAACAGUCUACCUGGCCAGUGUGGUGUUCUUCCCCAUGGCUGCCUUCGUCAUGUGCCUUUCCCACAGCAUCAUUGUUGUUACCAUCUCAGCUGCUCUGACAGGCUUCACCUUCUCUGCACUCCAGAUUCUGCCGUAUACACUGGCAUCAUUGUAUCACCAUGAAAAGCAGGUAUUUUUGCAUAAGUAUAAAAGCAAAGAAGAGGAAGACACAUCUCAGUUGGACAAGAAAUUGGUCUUCCCUAAAGGCCUCCUCUCCAGCCAGAAGCUACCUUACCAGAAUGGAUACACUGGAGGCCUCUUCUCCUCUUCCUCAUCCUCCUCACCUUCUCCAACUGCCAGCUCAGCUCUAUGCGUCAGCUCCUCCUGCGAAGUCUCACUCAUGAUGAUGGUGGGAGAUCCGGACUCGGCCCCUGGCCGAGGGAUCUGCCUGGACCUGGCCAUUUUGGACAGUGCUUUUCUCCUCUCUCAGGUUGUCCCGUCCCUUGUCAUGGGGUCCAUCGUCCAGUUUACCCAGUCAGUGACUGCCUACAUGGUAUCAGCUGCUGGCUUUGGCCUCAUAGCCAUUUACUUUGCAACCAAAGUUGUCUUUGAUAAGAGUGACAUGGCCAAGUACUCAGUGUGAUGUGGAAGGUGCAGAGGCAACACCCGGGUGACUGCAUGGCCAAACAAGAAGCGUGCUUAUGUUCACAUAGCCACUUGUGGGAAGCCUCCUGUUGCAUGUGCUCUCCCCAUGCUGUUGCUGGGAGCCCUAGGGGUGCUGUUCUUGGGCUGGGGGCAGGCGAGAUGCAAUAGAGCUUUUCUCAGGUGUAAAUCUGAGGCGUCAGGGCAUUGUGCUUUGGGCUUUUCACGUGGUGCCUUUAUCAAAGGAAAGCACUACACAGGCAGCACCAAAGGGGAUUGUAGAGGUGAGAGAAAGGAAAUGUACCUUUCCUUUAAAAACGGGUCACGUUUCUGUGUAAAUCUACCUAAACUAAGCAGGAGAAACAGUGGUUUAGGAAAGGGAAAAAGCGACCAUUGACUAUCCUGCUUUCCGGUUGUAGCUGGAUCCUCUUCCCCUGCUUGUUCUAGUUUCACUCAGCUUGAGUAAUACUUCAGAUAGGACAUUGGGAGGAGAUUUGCCUGGAAAAAGGAUGAGUGGCUAAGAUUUAACCAGUGAGCAAAGGGGGGGGGGGGGCAUAUGUGUACACACAUGCUUUAGUCCUUCCCAAUCUUUGUUCUGGCUGACAGAAACCAAUUUAAGAGAAAAGUUACUAAGUCUUGUUUUAGAAAAACAAGUAACACUUCAUUAAGACCAGUUCCAAAAGGUGACUUAUCUUUUACCUUUGUACCAAGAUUCAUCAGAUGAAAAAGAAAGACUUUUUAACUCUCUCUCUCUUUUUUUUUUUCCUCUCUUAACCAACUA